UGCAGGUAACGAACCAGUUCCUCCGGCAAUUGGGCAUCUACCCCAGCUGGCAGUUCGUGGACGUCUAUGGGGCCGACGCAGAGCUGCUGGGCUUGGUGCCCCGGCCCGUCUGCGCCCUGAUGCUGCUCUUCCCGGUCACCGAGAAGUAUGAAAAAUUCCGGAUGAAAGAGGAAGAGACAAUCAAAGCCAAAGGCCAAGAAGUCAAAUCCGGCGUCUAUUUUAUGAAGCAGACCAUUAGCAACGCCUGUGGAACCAUCGGCCUCAUUCACGCCAUUGCGAACAACAGGGAUAAAAUCGACUUUGGUAAACCUUUUGGGCUCUCCCAGCGGUUGGGAAGAUCGGUGGCAACUUUUUAUCUACCCACAGAGAAAUAUUUACAGGGCACAG